CCGCCAGGGAGCGCGUGUUGGGGAAGAGGCGCGUCCCCGGCUGUUGCAGCAGCUGCUCCUUUGCGGGGCUUGCGAGGAGGAGGCGGAGAAGAAGAAGAAGAAAAAGAAGGAGCCGGGAAGGAAGCAGAAAGGAACCCGCUCUCAGCCUCGCCAGCCCCGGGCGAACUUCCACGGUGCCAGAGAGAUCCGGGGAGGAAAAAAGCUGCGCAGCGCCCAGCGAGGGAUCCAGCGAGCGGCUCUGCGCCCUUUUGGUUCCACUCCCCACUUUUCUCUCUCCUCGUUUUUUUGCAAAACUGCAAACCCUUCCUCCUUGGGGAAGAAAGAGGAUCGGCUGCUCCUGCGCGCGCCGGCGCCUCUGGAGCAACAUCUGGAGCGACUUUCCGGCCUCCCCAGAUGCCAAACGCAGCUCCGGGCUCGCUCUCCCCAGAGGCCGCUUCGUUUUAGCAGUUGGGUUGCCUUUUUUGUUUUUUAAUCGGGAAAGAAAGAAAGAAAGAAAGAAAGAAAGAAAGAAAGAAAGAAAGAAGAGAGAAGGAGGGACAGGAAGGGACAAAUCUGUACUCCUCUUUGGGAAGAAAAGUGUGUCCAGUUUCCCUGCGAUUGCAGAGCGCGCGCUCUACCCAAAUUUUUGGACCGCGAGAAGCGUUUGGUGGUUGGUAACUUGUUAAGCAGUGGGCGGGAGGGGGCUCUGUAUUUAUUUAUUUAUUUAACCCCCCCCCAAAAAAAACCACCCAUUAAGAAAAGAGAGGUUGUGCAUUCGGAUCGAAGCAUUCCUGGCUUGCAUUAAAAAAGAAAAAAGAAAAAUAUAUAUAAUUGAGGGGCGUGCAAGAUGCAUUUCCAAGGAGGAGUCUCUGCUGAAACGGACGUGAAAGUGACCAGAGCCACCCUUACCUGCCUUCUUCUGCUACUCCAAUCCCUCCCUGCUCAGGUUUGGGCCCGCCAGCGGUGCGAAAACGGGCACUUCACCUCUGCCGGAGAUUGCUGCGACCUUUGCCCCCCGGGUUUCGGGGUGGCCGCUCCUUGCGGGAGCGCCAACACCAAGUGCGAGCCAUGUCAAGAAAGUGUGACAUUCUCCUCCGUCGCCAGCGCCAGGGAGCCUUGCCAGCUUUGCUCCGUAUGUCCGGGCCAUGCACUCCUACUGGAUGCCUGCACCCCUGCCCACGACACAGUCUGCACUGCCAGCUGCCCGCGGGGGCAUUACCACCCUACUGGAAACGGGAGCCAGGGCAUCGGGCACUGCCUCCCUUGCCAAGUUUGCCCCGAAGGCUACGGAGCCGCCAAGCCCUGUGGCCCCAGCAGCGACGCCGUGUGCCAGAGGUGCCCGGACGGCUAUUACUCGGAGUCGAAGAGCUCGCUGGAAGCCUGCCAGCCCUGCCGGCAAGCGUGCGGCAAAAACGAGGUCAUGAUCCAGGCCUGCACCCCUCUCUCCGACACGCUGUGCAUGGAUAAAGAGCUUCAGAUCCUGAAACGCAGCGAGGGCGAGGCCCGGAAGGAGUUCCCGAAAAAGACACCGCUUCUGGAUUCAGAAAGCAGCCUUGCUCCCAAUGCGUCCUCUUCAGAGUUCGUGCCGCCAUUGGCCGAGGACAACAGCAAGAACAUCAUCCCCGUCUACUGCUCCAUCCUGGCGGCCGUGGUUUUGGGACUCAUUGCCUACGUGGCUUUCAAAUCCUGGACCACGUGCAAGCAGAAGAAGCAGCUGGCCAAGGCCCGAGCGGGCGAACUCGUGACGUCCCCGGAGGGCGAGAAGCUUCACAGCGACAGCGGGGUCUUCCUCGACACCCACAGCCUGCAGGAUCAGCACCUUCCCAAGAAGGGGCACAGGAUUGAACCCCGCCUGUACAUGAACCUGCCGCCCCACAAGCAGGAAGAGGUGGAGCAACUUCUGGAAGCCCCCGCCCACGGCAAAGACUGGCGCUGCCUGGCCAACUACCUGGGCUACGAGGAAGAGACCAUCGACGCCUUCGGCCGGGGGGAGGCCCCCGCCCACACACUGCUCUCCGAUUGGUCGGCCAAGGAAGGGGCCACGCUGGAGUCCCUCUACACGGCCCUGGCGGCCAUCGAGAGGGCGGACGUGGCAGAGAACUUGAGCGCCCCCGCCGAGGUCAGCUCCGUGGUGUGAUGGGGGAGCGGACCUGCUGGCCCGGCAGGUGGACUGACUUAGGGUUACGUUUGUGGGUUUGGGUUUUUACUAAAAUUGGGGGUGGGGGUGGGAGGGGACGGGAAGAAGAAGGGGCAAGUCAGGGAUCGGGACGUUGGUUUUACUGUAAAGGGAUUUCUUAAAACACAUGGGAACGUGAGCAAACGGCAGUGGACAUCAUUGGGGUGCCUGAACACCGAUGGAUAAUGAUAAUAAUUUUACGAUUGGUACCCCACACAUCUAACCGGGUUGCCCCAGAUGACCUGCAGGUACAAGGAAGAGGGGAAAUGGCUUUGUGCUUCCGUGUUUGGAGUUCCUUGUUUGGGUCUACACAGUGUGUUUACGCUGGGGGAGAAGCAGGCAUGUGUGGUUUUCCCUUUUAGCUAAAGAUUGGACUCAAAGGGGUUUUCGUACUCUCUGCACCUGCUACGUAUUUCUGUUUCAGGUGAGCUGGACCCUGUUUCUGUAUAUCUUGCAGGUGUCGCGUUUUUACAAUGUAGGGACGGUCCUCAGAAAUC